AUGGUUCGCCAGUCUCAAGACGCUCACCAAGGCGGCAGCCUCGCCGACAUGGCCGUCUCAGGCACCGCAAUCCCCAAUGACGCCGGCAAACAAAACCUCAUCCCCUCCGUCCCGCGCCCCGACCAGCGAGCCGAGAACCCUCUCUACAACAACGAGGGCAUCGCUGAGCCCACCCUCGCCACAGCAGCAGACAAUGCCACCGACCUUCCCCGCUCAACCCGCGACGUCGGGCAGACAGGCGAAGUCAUGACCGGAACUGGCGAUUCCGUUCCCGCCAGCAUUGAGUCGAAGCGCGCGUACAUGGGUACGAAUAUCUCGGGCGCGCCGGGCGACACCCGUGACAUGAAGCAUAACAAGCAAAACCGCAGCUCGUUUGAGCGGUACGCGAAGGAGGACGAGGACGCGGCGGAGUAUAUUGGAGAGCAUGCGGCGCGGAAUGCCUAA